CUAUUCAAACCCUCGCCCCGCAAUAAAGCGACGAGCAGCAGGAGGCCGCCAAGAGGCCAAGAAUGCCCAACCGGUACGCGCGCGCCUGGUAGACCCCAUCUCUCGCCACUCCUCCGUCCAUGCCUUGAGCGGUCCCCAGCGCCGGACGCAGCCCAAGACAUGCCCAAUUACAGCCAAUUCGCCCCCUCUCCCCUUCUCUCUCUCUCUCUCUCUCUCUCUCUCUCGCCUGGCUCUCGUUUGUUUUGUUGCGCGACGAAAGUGCCAUUCUGGUGGCCCGCUGGAUGUCGAUGUCAGGCCGGGGAAUUUUCUUCGUCUCGAGCUCUCGCUCCCUCCACCCCCUUCUCCCCCUCCCCCUCUCCUUGAUGCCCGCCCGGUUCGAUUCCCUAUAAGGAACGAGCACUUUGGGGGUCAUAAACCAUAAAGUCGGCGAGCCCUGUGGUUUUAAGGGAGUCGACCUGUACAUGAGGCGAAUAUGCUCGAUCUUGCUUUCCAUUCCCGGGGACCUUGAUUACCAGACAGCCGAUGUCUUCACAAGGCCAACUAGAAAGGGCCGUUGUAUUCAUUGCGGAAACGCGAGGACCCAUAGCGCCAACCGUGGACUAUUUUGUCAUCAUUUGUGAAUUGUGGGCCGAGUUCGAAUUUGACCCUCCAGGAGGGGGUCACGACCGAAGCUCGCCACUUCGUUGGGAGCCCCCCUCGCCGAUGGAACCGAAUGAAAGUGUGAAGCGAAUUCGUACUUCGAGCUUCGAUCGGUCGGACAUUGAGUGGGGAACCGAAACCACGACGAUGACCAGCCCAGCCCUUCUUGGUUUGUGAUCCUCCCGGCAGACCAUCUUCCCCCGGUGCUCAUUCUCGUGAACGACGGUCGUGCUUCCGUCGACUAGACCCGAGGAAGAGCGAGAGCGAGAGCGGGAGCAACUUUUAGGACGCCCGGUGGCAGGCUAGGCUGAAGAAAGAAAGAUGUGUUGACCGAUUGCGACAACAACUAAGCAUACUGAAACUUCUUGAAGGCCUUUUGGAACUGGAUGAAUGAAUGGAUGGUCGAAGUGUUUGGUGAAGUCGCUGCCGUUUGUUGUUGAGUGCAUCUAUGUUGCAAACGGAAAGUGAGCGGAAAAUUCCUCGCCGGGGACCGACCACUCAAUUUCAUCGAAGCGUUGAAAAGGUCAAGGUAGACAGAUUAUGCCGAUCUUCUAGCCCGGCGUUUGAUACGAUUAUGUAAGGAAAGAAGAGGUCGGGGACCACAAAACGGUUUUGAGUUCGGCCAUGCCGACUAUGUUCCAGCCUGGUGGACCUCGAUUCGGUUCCCAAGGAAGAUAAGUCCUCCCACAAGUGUUAAACGUGGGAUGGAGGCCGGGGCGGGGUUUUUAUUAGAGGAGGAACACUAUGUCACGUCUCGGACUGAAGGACUCUCCGUGACCUGAAUCUUUUGCCCAAGCCCAGACGUCGGACGGGGCAGUAGCUUAAGGCGCAUCAUCUCCUCUAAGACGAGACACAUCAUCACGGGGUCUAAAUAAUCGUACGCGCGCUUGUUCGUAACCGACCGUACCCGGACUUGUUCGAUGGGCAAGAAGGGCUGCCGGCGAAGGGUUUCGAGCGGUGCCGCAUCUC